CACACUUCCUGCUUCUCUGCACAGGCAGGGAGGCUCUUUGACCUUAUGUUGAAUCAUUAACGAAGUUUUCAGGCAGAACUGAGACGCUCACACAAAGCAAGUGAAGGGAGAACUAAAACAGCGGACAGAGGUGUUUGUUUCAGGUUCAGAGCUGCAGCUCAGUCCACCGCCUCGGCUCAGGUGUGGGAUCUUACUAGACAGGACAUGGAGGCCCUGCUGUCUACCCUGAAGGCUCAGGACCCCGAGACUGUGGACCAGGAGUACUACGUGCUGCGUUCACAGACGCCGCUGUUAAAGAGAGAGCUGGGUCUGACCAAUGAUGUUGGAGCUCUGAAGGAAAACAUCAAGAGGAAUCGCUACAAAGACAUCCUGCCGUAUGACCAGUCCCGGGUGGUGCUGUCUCUGCCGACCGCAGACUCGAGCUCUGAUUACAUCAACGCCAGCUUGAUCAAGGGGGCGUCAGAGGACCGCGGGUACGUGGCCUGUCAGGGGCCAAUCAGCUCCACCCUGACCGACUUCUGGAGGAUGAUCUGGGAGCUCCACAUCAAGGUGAUAGUCAUGGCCUGCAGGGAGGUCGAGAUGGGAAAGAGGAAAUGUGAGUGUUACUGGGGUGUAGCUCAUCAGUCUGCUGCGUUCGGACCGUUCACCGUCACCAACCAGGAGGAGACCCGACCCAACGAGGACAUGGUUAUCAGAACUCUGAGUGUCACCUUCCAGCAGGAGUCCCGUUCUCUGGUUCAGUACCAGUUCCUGUCAUGGCCGGAUCAUGAUGUUCCCUAUGACACUUCAGGAGUCCUGGACCUUCUGGAGAGAGCCAGGAUCAGCCGAGGAGCUGACACCUCCCCUCUGCUGAUACACUGCAGCGCCGGCUGUGGGAGGACAGGAGUCAUCUGUGCUCUCGACUACAUCCAUGACCUUCUGGUUACCAAGCAGAUCACAGCACACCUGAGCAUCCUGAAGGUGGUCCUGGACCUGCGGAUGCAGAGACCGUCCGCCGUGCAAACCAAGGAGCAGUAUCAGUUCAUCUUCACCGCAGUCGUCAGCAUGCUGGAGCACUUCCUGCAGGCGCUCCGUCAGCCCGUCUACAGCAACCAGCCCGAGGUGAAGACAAAAGAGAAGAGGCGUUCUACCCCCGUCAACAGGUCCUCUCAGCAGGUGACCAUGAACGAUACGUACGCGGUGGUCAACAAGUCCAAACAACCCCCCCCAGGCCCAGCCGGCCCCAUCUACUCCAGUGUGGCCUCGUCGGCUGCUGGAAGCAGGACACGGCCCGCCUCCCAUCACUAUGACAACAACCUCCCGGGAGCAUCGGCCGCCCCCCUCUACAGCGCCGUGAAACCCCGGGAUAAACAACUCAGCCUGCCGCUUUCGUCCACGCCCAUCUAUGACAUCGCACAACCAAGCAGUCCCAGGCCCAGCGGGGGGGCAGACUAUCACCUGGCUGGACGUCCUUCAAACGAUGACGACGAUGAUAGUUAUGAAGAUCUGUCGUCCACGGCGUCGGAGGUGACAAAUUUCUGUUCCCCUGGAGGCAUCGGGUUCAACUGCCGCGUCCAGAAACCCAGAGGACCCCGAGAUCCUCCAGCUGAGUGGACCCGGCUGGAGAGAUGAACCGGUUUACGGGGGAGCAAGAGGAUGGUCUGGACUGAGUCAACUGGAUUCAACAGUCAGGGACGGUUCAGAGUCUGGGUUCUAGGUCUGAUGAGCUCCUGGAACGGUCCGGCUGCCUGUAAAUACUCAAGGACUGACAGUCUGGCCACUAAGGUCACAUUUCUGAAUGAUCCACUUUAAGCUGUUGUGAAGGCCAGAAUCCCCUACGAGGUUUCACCUGUCAAUCAUGUCAAAUAAAUAAAUAAAUAACUCUUUAAAUCACAA